GCGCCUCCAGCACCAUCCCGGCCCCGCCGCCGAACCCCAGCCCGGCACCGCCUCCCGCUUCCGCCGCCGCGGGGGCGGGACCGGCCCCGGUAAAGGCGGCGGGGCCGGGGAGGCGCCGCGUCCGCCCGCGCCAUGGCCGAGGCGGCAGCGCAGGAUCUCCUGCUGGCAGCAGCGUUUGUUUCCGAUGCGCAGUACAACAGGAAUAUUCCCUUUAAGACCUCCCCGGAGGCUGUCAGGCUUUAUCACCUCUAUAACCACUGGAUGAUGCGAACAGCCACCUACUUCUUCAUCUUCCUAAACCUGUCCCUUGCCCUGUUUGAGGAACCUGCUGUGUAUCCACUCCCCUUCCUGGCCACGUCAGUGCUGGAGGUGUUGUGCCUUCUGGUGUUCCUCGGCCGGCUGACACACUUUGCCAAAGUCACCCUGCACAAUGUGUUCUGGAAGGACACCAAGAACAUCUGCAUCAUGGUGGCAAUCCUGUUAUCCCUGACAGACCUGGCUGUAUAUGGGGUCCUCAGGCUGUAUGACGUGAGGAGCAUCCGAUGGUCAAGGAUUGUGAGGCCCAUCUUCCUCAUCAACUUCGCAGAGAGCCGCCAGAUCCGGAGGGCCUUCCGCAGCAUCCGCAACACGCUGCCAGAGAUCACCUACGUCUUCCUGCUCUUCAUGUUCAGCCUCCUCAUGUUCUCCCUCAUGGCCUUGAAGCUGUUUGGAGAGAGGAAUCUCCAGACAGCAGAAGGCUUGCCCUAUUUCAGAAACUACCUGGAGAUUGUGUUUGACCUCUACGUGCUGGUGACAACGGCAAACAGCCCAGAUGUCAUGAUGCCAGCGUUUGACUUCAGCUCCUGGUACGCCCUGUUCUUCAUCGCCUUCGUCAUCGUCAACACUUACAUCUUCAUGUCUCUCUUCCUGGCCGUGGUCUACAACAACUACAAAAAACACCUGAAGAACGAGAUCCGUAAACUCGCCUACAUGAAACGCCGCAAGAUGAUUGAGGCCUUCAACCUCCUGAAGGAAGAGGAGGGAGAGCAGUUUGUGGUUCGGGAAGCCCGGUGGAAGCAGCUGGUCAAGCUGGUGGCUCCUGACACCAGCAAUUCCCACCGGGAGCUGCUGCUCCGCAUCUCGGAUGACGAGCAGAAAGGGUUCGUAGACAAGAAGUCCUUCAUGCAGCUGGCAGACCUGCUCAACAUCCAGGUUGUGACGCUGAAGAUCCGCAGGCACCCUCUGGCGCGCCGGCUGCCAGCCCUGUAUGGAUCUGCGCCCAGCCGGCUCCUGCGCAGCGUCGUGAGGCACAGGGCUUUUGUUUGGACUUAUGAUGCCAUCAUCCUGGUAAAUGCCAUCUUCAUUGCUCUGGAUGAGGAAAGCCCCUACGUUUCCUAUGCAGAGUGGGUGUUCCUUGCUCUGUACAUCAUCGAGAUCCUCCUGAAGGUCUACACUUAUGAACCCAGGGAAUUCUUUGGCAAAACCCAGUUCUGGAACUGGUUUGAUACUCUCAUCAUCUUUGCUGCCCUGACUGCAACGAUUCUCAAUGCCACCCUCAAGUCCACCAUGAAGUACAACAGCCAGCAGAUCCUGGACAUUGUGUUGAUCCUAAGAGUCCUCAGGCUGAUCCGGAUUGUUGACAGCAUUCAGAGGUUCCAGGUCAUCAUGAACACCCUGAUAAACAUCGUCCCGACCAUGCUGACUUUUGGUGGGCUCACUCUGGUUGUGUAUUGUGUGUUUGCUAUCAUUGGCAUGGAGUUAUUCCACGGGAAAAUCCAGUACUUCCCAGCCAACUCGAACGCUCCUCACGCCCUGGAGUGUGGGAACCCAGCUCUCAAGGAUUCCCUGUUUGCCCGUGGGAAGUACUGCAAGAACAACUUCAACGACUUUGCCUCCUCCUUCAUCGUCCUCAUGGAGCUCACCGUGGUCAACCAGUGGCACGUCUUUGCCAAUGGAUUUGCCAAUGUGACAGUUCAGCCUGCCAAGCUCUACUUCAUCGCCUUCCACAUUGUGAUGGUGAUAAUCAUUGUCAAUAUCUUUGUGUCCUUCAUCUUGGAAGCUUUCUUUGUGGAGUACUCCCUGGAGAAGAGCGAAGUGGAAACUGCCAUUGAGCAGAAAAUCCAGGAGCUGGGAAUGGGAGUUCAAGAGGAUGAGCUCCAGCAUGAGCAGCUCCUUGACAACAUGGAGAGUGCAGAGCACGAGCUCGAGGGGGAAGGUGGAACGAAGUCACAGAGCAAAGGGCUGGUGUUCAAAAUUGCCUCCAAACCAUCUUCUCCUCUCCCACCUCAGCCCUUCUGUGUUCCUUGUCUUCAUGAACCUCCCUCUGGAGACACUGCCCUGGUGGCCGAGGUCCUGCUGUGCCAAGACACCUGUUUUCCUUUCUCCUUCCUCUAUGGGCUUUGCAUUCCUGCUGCCUUGGAUCACGGGGGGACCGUAUCCCCCUUUCCUCUGGCUCGGAUACAGGACAGUGGAUGCUCUGCUGCAGCGCAUGUUCGAGGCAGAGAUACCCCUGGAGGAUGAAGGCCCUUCCUUUGAAGAGAUCCUAAACUUGUCACCCACCUCGGCCGUUCCCAGGAGCCCGAGUUCGGAGAGCGCGGCGUGAGGGGGAUCAGGGAAUGGAGCCCAUUCCCGGCUCUCCAGCUGUUCCCUGGCUGCUCCCACUCGUGGGGCCCGGGUUUCACGGUGGGAACAAACAGCUUUGUCCUGUAAAGGAGCUUUUAUCUCACGUUAAAUCCCCUAGAAACGUCUGGAAUGCGGGGGGCAGUGGGAGCACCCGGCUGUGCCCGGAGAGGGACGGUGCCGUGGGCAGUACAUAAUGGAAUAAUUACUCCUUGUAACUGGAAUUGUAUCGCAGCACUUUUAUACACACCUCUGCACCGGCGGACGCGGAACGCAGCGGUUCUUUAGCACAAUAAAUUCAGCAGUUUGGAAAAACGAUGGAGUAUCUCGGAGUUAAUGACGGGAGAGGCUGGUGGCAGGUGGGAAGUGAGGAGCGAGGGAUGCUCCUCGGCUUUCCCGUUUAUUCCGCAAUUCCUCAUUUCUGCCCUCCCGGCCCUCAGCGUGCGGCGGGGGCGGGGUUCCUGCCUGAGUGACGUGGGUAUCGACCAAUGGGAAUGCAGCACGGGCCGAGGGCUGGCCAAUGGGAACGCGGUACCGGCCCGAGCGGAAUUACGAGGCUCAGAUCCGGAAUUACCGGGGGCCCGACCCGCUGGAGCCGUGGGACAGGUGAGCGCGGCCCUGGGUCGGGAAAGCAGCAGGAGCUCUGAGAACAGAGCUGGAAGCAGACUCCAGCUGGAUAAGGCAGACACCAAAUCCUUUGGAAUUAGAGCUGGGCAGGGAUGAGAAUUAAUUGCUAAAUUUGUAGCCCAUGGAUUCCUGAGCAGGAUCCCAGCAGGGAGGACUGGUGGGAUACUCCACGAGAAAGUCUGGCCUGGGGGCUGUUCCCAAAUAGGAGCAGCGAGCCCUGGAAUUGCCUGAAGGGAAGAAAGAGGGAUCUUUUCAGCACAAGGAUCAGCUGUAAACCUGGAGAUGUUCCCAGAUGAUCCCUUGGGAGUGUUUAGUUCUGAGCCAAGUCCAUCUCCUGCCCUGUGAAGCUCAGAAAUCCGGGAAUCCCCAGCUAAGGUGGGGAAUGGUAGGGAAAAACAUCCUAAUAGGGGGCCUCCUUUUGUACAGGAAUUGAGUAAAACUUGUCCCAAGGAACAGGAAUUAGAUGGGAUUUAUGUAUUCCUUGGAGACCCCAAUCCACUGGGAAGGUUGAGAGAAGGAAACUAAGUCUAAAAAGGCAAAUGAGCCAAAUCUGCCCAAACCCUCAAAUGGCCACAUUCCCUGGCAGUGCUGAGGAAUUCAGCCAAGCUCCAAGAAAAAGGUGAGCCCCUAUGGAAUCCUCUAGGGGACACCAUAGCCAGCUGUGACUCUUGCAGGUUAUCCCAGUUUCAGAGAAUGUCAUUUUUUUCCUUUGGGAAUUCACUUUUCUUUUGAAGAAACACUUUGAUCACUGCAUAACUUUAUUGUUUGAGCCUCACCAGUCACCUGGGGUAUCCAAGCCCAUGGAAUUCCCCACAUGGGGAAUUUCUGGGAGAGCCCCUGAGAAGAAAGAAGGCUCCAGUUUUGCAGGUCUGUGUCAUAACCCAUCCUGUCAGCCACUGUUUGAACCCAGUGGAUUUGUCCUCUUGGAUUCAAUCUCAGCAUCACAAAUUGCUGGGAAUUCAGCAGCCUUUGGGACUUUUCCAUGAAACCUCUCCAUCCUGCCCUUCAACCCUGUUGCACAAAGAGGAAAAACCCAAAACUCCUUUUUUUUUCACCCUUUUCCCGUUCACUUUGACCUCUCUUUUCCAGCAGGGAAAAAAAAAAGGAGCCCUUUUCUGGGCUAUGCAGGCUUGGAUGUGGAUGAGGUGGGAUUGGAGCAGUGUUGGAACCACCGUGGAUUCUCCCGAGGUUUGCCGUGAGGAGCUGCAGCUUGGGAGGGGCUGGGAUUUUGUGCUGUUCUGGGUUUUUGGUUUUUACUUUUUUUGCCUUUUGGGCCACCUCAUUGGAAAAGCUGGAAACCAAAGAAAGCGAAGGGAAUUCCCUAAUUCCUUUCUAGACUUGCAGAAGAGGCACAAAUCCACCUGGAGCUGUGGAAAGGGAUGAGAGUGGGAAUGGGAAUGAGGGGGGUAAUGCUGGGUUGCCCUCCCCCAAAGGGACCAAAACUGCCAGGACAUUCAUAUGGAAUGAAUGCCAGAAUAUGUGGGUGUAGAAUACUGAAACCUGUCAAGUUUUUAAUUUAUAUUUAUAUCUGUAUAGACAAAUAAUGCUGGUUUCAAUAUAAAUU